AUGGAUGUCCAUCAUCGUAUAAAUUUCGCUUAUAACGAUAUGAUUACUCAUGAUGCAAGGAUUGCAAAGUUAGAGCUAUAUAAUCAAACCUCAAGAAACGAGGAGCGCACAGGAGGUCUUGAGCAGAGAACUCAAGAACUUGAGGAGCAAGUGGUUAAUGUCACUAAUGUGAUAGGUCAUCACUUGGGUUUCUGGUGGAUAGAAAAGAUAGAGUCCAUCUUUCAAAUAAGCUUUUGUCCAGACGAUUGUAAAGUACGAUUUGCAACAUGUACUUUCGCAGAUGUAACACUUACAUGGUGGAAUAGCCAUGUGAAUACAAUGGGAAUUGAUACUGCAAAUUUCAUGAAAUGGGAAGAGCUAAAAAUGAUGCUAGUAGAGGAGUAUUGUCCUAGGGAGGAAAUACAUAAGUUGGAACAAGAAUUGUCGACCCUAACCAUGAAGGGUUUAGAGAUAAAAGCUUAUACUGCUAGAUUUAAUGAUCUUGCAGUAACGUGUCCAUCAUUUGUAAUCCCUGAAUAUAAGAAGAUUGAGCAAUAUAUCUGGGGUUUAGCAUCGCAAAUCAAAGGCAUGGUGAUCGCAUCAAAUCCUACAACCUAUGACAGCACCAAGAGAAUAGCUCAUCAGCUAGCCCUCACAGAGAUCCAAGGAACAGUAGUGGUCUCAAAAGCUGAAUCUCCCAAAUAUAAAACAAACAAGCGCAAGUUUAAUGGGAAGAAUCCCAAACAAUCAUUUGAGAAAAGAAAAGAAGUGGCAACCAAUUAUGCAGCCACAACAGCAGUACCCACACAACCAAAAUCUUCAUGGUGCAAUCAGUGCAACCAUCAUCAUCCAGGUGACUGUUUUGUUUGCACGAAGUGCAAGAAGAAUGGGCAUACAACUAGUUACUGCAAAUAUUGGAACAGGCCGUGGUAA